AUGGCUAGAACUGGGAGAAGGAGAAGACGGUUGUUACAUAAUGUAAGGAAUAUUAUUGUUAGAAAGCCAAGGAUUUUUAAAGAUAGAUCAAAUUCACUUGAGGAUUUGUCCGCGGAAUGUGUUUUUCCUUUUCGUCUUUUACCUGCAACAAUUAUGUACAUUACCGGUUUGUUGGCUGUUCCAUUGGAACGCCGAACGCUGAGGAAUGUUUCGAUUCCUCCCCUGAAUCAAGUGUUGAUUUGUUUGCGUUUUUUGGCAUGUGGUUCAAACCACAUGUUGCUGGGCGAUGCCAUGAACGUUUCCCGGGCUAGUGUUGGCCGUAUCGUCGUCAGUGUCUGUACGGCAUUAGGUAACAUCGCUGGACGAUUUCUACACCUACCAAACAACGAAGACAUUAAUAGUACAAAACAAUCAUUUGCAUUCAUUUCAGGUUUUCCUAAUGUUGUUGGUUGCAUAGAUGGUACUCAAAUAAGAAUUCAGGCACCCAACAAAAACGAAGAGGAUUUUGUAAACAGGAAGGGAUAUCAUUCUCUAAAUGUUCAGAUGAUCUGUGAUCCAUGGUUUCGCAUAAUGGACUAUGUAUCCAAAUGGCCAGGUUCCGUCCAUGAUAACAGAAUCUUCAGACAGUCUGCUGUGUGUGCUCAUUUUGAGAGAGGUAUUAAACAAGGAAUUUACAUAGAUAUCAAAGUUUUGAAAUAUGUUAAUAUAUAUUUUAUGGUACAAAACAGGUAUAUGAAAUGUUCAACCAUAGACAGAAUGAACUUACCAGAAGUCUACUACAACACCAUUUUAUGUUCAUGUUAUGCUGUCCAAUGUAUGCCAUGUCAUUUUGUAUCAUCAAUAUAUAAAAUAAAUUAUUUGAAUUCAAUAUCAAUGUGCAUUCUAAAACGACGUUUUGCAUGUCUUCAUAAUGAAAUUAGAUCUAAGCCUGAGUUUGUUUGUAAAUUUGUAAUUGCAUGUUGUGUUUUACACAAUAUCGGUAUUGACAGAGGUGAUGUUUGUUCAUUUGAAUUUCCCGAUUUAAAUGAUUUACAAAAUGAUAUCAUUCACACAGAUGGUGAUGGUGCUCAUAUGCGUGAGCACAUCACCAAUACCUAUUUCUCUUGAAGGCAUAUUUCCACAGACACUAAUGCAUCACAAAGCAAAACAAGUAAUUGAAAAUGUAUACUCUUAAUUUGUAUUCAUUAAUCUUCAAUGCUAUAAAUUGUCAAGAAUGUUAAUGUUAAUCAAGGAAUAUGUUGGUCUACAAAUUAAUAAAUUUUCAGCGUAUCAAAUGAAUAAAACAUUUCAUUAUAAUCCAAUAUUAUGAGAAAAAAAAGCACAAAGGAAGUCAUUUAUUAUGUCGAAUGUCAAUGGAAACAUGCCUUUACUAAAAGUACAUUCAAAAUUGUUGAGACAACAUUGGUUUCUAACAUAAUUAAAGAAAUUUUUCUUCAAUAUUAUUUGUUGAAAUGUUUGGAGUUAAAAUCCUGUCACAUGUAUUACAAACAUUAGGAUGAUAAAUACAUUGAUAUUGUAACAAAUGAUAAAAGUCAUUUCUAUCAUUAAAAACGCUACAUGAAGUUACAAUGGUCACAUAUCUAAUGUAUACCAGUGGUAAGUCCCUG